GAGAGCAUUAAUAAUUACAAUUUAAAUAAGAAAGAAAAAAGUGAGUCCCUUAAAUUAGACAACAAAAGCUAAAAAACAGUACUUAAAUUUGGCUUAUAGAUAUUGAACUGCAGUCUUCUUGGUACCACCACUGCACACACAGACAGUCACACCCUAAUCCAUCUCUCCUCUCUCCUCUCUCUAAGAAGAGAGAGAAAAAGAAAAGCAACCCAAUCUUCAGCCUUCUCAUUCUUUUUCUUCGUCCUCUCCUCAGUCCUCACAAGAAUAAAAACGCUCUUGUUGUUUUGUCUCAAGAAGCAAACAGACACAAAUCCAAGUUGAUAAAUUUCAUCUUCUUUUCACAUAAAUUUCACAUUUAUUAGAUUGCAGCCAAGAAAAGAUGAGAGAUUUGGUGUCAUGUUUCAGCGAAAACUCAAUAAACGUUACACAUCCAUUAUCUUCACCAUCAUCGUUAUCAUCAUCAUCAUCAUUAUCAUUGUCAUGUUCAAAAUACAAAACCGGCAACGCUUGUAUCUCUCCAUCUCUCGUACCAUCCAUACAAACCUCCAUCACAAGCAUCUACAGAAUCACUUCACUUUCCAAGCAUCUCAUCAUCAAAGUCACAUGGUGCAACAAUAAGAACAAUCAUCAUCAUCCACAGUGUGGCCUCAGCAUCUCUGUUUCCUCCGAAGAUCAAAACCCUCGGACAUCUCUCAAACUCAACACUUCUUCUCGCUUCUUCCGUAAGAAGAAAGGAAACAAAUCAGUCGACUCCGAUCUCGGUAGAAUCGAGGUUUCUUGGGAUCUCUCUUCCGCCAAGUACGAUUCUAAUCUGAGUCCUGAGCCGGUCCAAGGCUUCUACGUCAUCCUCCUCGUCGAUGCUCAGCUAGGUCUCUUUCUCGGAGACUCCUCCGAAGAAACUCUCAGGAAAAAGGGUUUGGAUUUCGAUUUCGACUCGGGAAAGUCUCUGGUUUCCCGACAAGAGUACUUCUCCGGAAACACUUUUUACUCGACUAAGGCUAAGUUCAUUGAAUCAGGAGACUCACACGAGAUCGUCAUCAGAUGUAACGCAGAGAAAACAGAGGGGUUAAAGCAGAGCACUCAUCAUCAUCAUCAUCAUCAUCAUUCCCCUGUUCUCUCUGUUUGUAUCGAUAAGAAGACGGUUACGAAAGUGAGGAGGCUUCAAUGGAAUUUCAGAGGGAAUCAGACGAUUUUCGUUGACGGGUUGCUUGUGGAUCUCAUGUGGGAUGUUCAUGAUUGGUUCUUUAGUAGUCCGGAAGGUUGUGGGAAAGCUGUGUUCAUGUUUAGGACAAGGAAUGGUUUAGACAGUAGCAGGCUUUGGUUGGAAGAGAAGGUGGUUCAGAAAGAUGAACAAGACAAAGACAAGCUUGAUUUCUCUCUCCUCAUUUACGCCUGUAAGACAUAAAACCAACAACGACAAAACAAAUUUUCAAAACAAAUAAUAUCUAUUGUUUUGAGAUUUGCAAGAAAAAGGUUUCUUGGUUCUGUUUUUUUUCUUCUAAUAUUUGAGAAAUUUUUAUGGGUUUUUCUCUUUUUACUUACAGUUUCUUCUUGUAAGGAGUAGAGAUUUUUAUUACAUCAUUCUUUUCUUGGAAUUGCUAAUUAAUAUUUGAGAGACUCCAAAAUGUGAAUUUCUUCUUAGGAAGAUUGAUUAUA